GAAGUUUGUUACUUUCUACUAACCGAUACACAUCCUUACGUAGAAUAUUUCGACGUUUAUUUUUAUAGUAAAGUAUAGAUAAAAAUAUUCAUAAAAGAUAUAAAUCGUUAAAGCGGUACUUCGUUGUGAAUUUCUUCUAUGAUCAAGCCCGAUGGAAUUUGUGAAAGAAAAAGACGCUGAACUAUCGACGAAAUUCAUGGAGCAAGGAAAAACAAAGAUUCACCUGGCUGUGUGCAGCGGCAUUCUUGCUACCUGCGGCAGCUUGUUUGGCAAGCUAGCCGGUGGCGCUGAGUUCGUCUUCUUGAAACCAAUGCUGCUAAAAGUAAGCCUCCUCGUGCUCAUGGUCGUGACCAACACAAUAGGCUGCACAUUCUUCGUAAAAGCUCUGAACGGAAGUGAAUCUUCUUUACCUGCUACGGUUGCCAGCACAGCGAUGAAUUAUGUUUGUUCGGCGUUCCUCGGUUUUAUAAUAUUCGGCGAGUCGACCUCCUUAACUUGGUGGUGUGGCGCAUCCUUGGUGAUCCUCGGCUUGAUUCUCAUCUGUUAUACACCAAACAAAGAAGACUCUACGAGCCAGCAGCGGAAGCUCAAACAGCAAUAAUUUACAGAAAGCAUUUUUGCAGCCGACUUUGUAAGAAGAACGAGUGACUCAGAUCGUUGCUCAGGUAAACCAAAGUCGUUUCGACGUAACGUCUUUUUCUAUUCCUUACUUAAUCGUAGAUGAGCAAACAAUGUUUAAAGGAUGUUCUGUUUGAUUUAAUAAUGUAAAUUGUAUCGAGUUAUACGGAGAUAAUACAAAAGAUAAUUUUAUCGAGGGUGCAAUAGGAAAA